UGGCUUUUAGGCUUUCGAUGCUAAUAUAAGAGAGCAACUCAAGACAUGUUGCUUCAUCGUCAGCACACACAGUUGUAUUAAUCUAAACCUCGGAUAUCACUGACCACAAGAGCACAGUCAUCACUCUAAGGAUGAUGAGAUCGAAGAGGGAUCUGAUUCUGCUGAUGCUCCUCUCUUUAUGCGGUGCUCAGAAGAAGGGCACGCAGGAAACAUGGGAGCACAGAGACAAAACAAAUGGCAAAAGCUGCUCAAACCUGACCCAAGUGCUGGACAACUGGAAAUAUGCCAUCAUGUAUCAGGUGAAGGAUCUGCUGGUCAAUAAUCAUGCUUCAGUCUUACCUGAAUAUGUGAGGAUCAAGUCUCUGUCUGAUGCAGCAGAUGACCUCUACAAGCAAUUCAACACUCUGAAAGACAGCCUGGGCAAACUCACCAGUAAAUUUGACAAGGUGGAGGAUUUUGUUGAUGAGCUACAGGCAGGAAAAAUACCCAAAGGCUGGAUGUGGAAAGCACUAAAGCGUCCACCAGUGAGCAUGCCGACUCAGACACCAGUAAGGGCCUCUGGUAGAGGACAGUGGGUUCGGAGGGCAAGAGCCAAUAGAGGCCCUGGUACUUAGUGGACAUUAGUGGGACAUUUAGUAGGAUAUUGAG